AUGAUUAGACAGAGAACUACGAUAUUUAAUCCAGGCGAAUCCAACGAUGGAGUCAUUGAAGCGGUUGAUUCGUCGCAUUUACAAUUAUCGUCAAUUGACUAUCAUUGUGAAGACAAGUUUAUUCUUCAACCACCAAAAUUUAAGCACAUUGAUAAGCUCAGAAUACAGUUAAAUCAAUUUCAUAGCCAACUGAUCCUCUUUAACAAAUAUCAUCCUGGGCUUAAUAUCUAUUGCAAACCUAAAGUUGAAGAUGGAGGAUUUAAUCGAGAAGAAUUUUUUGAUGAAUUGAAUGAAAUAAUGAGCAAAUUAUUUGAUAUUCCAAGAGAUGGGUGGAUUAAUUCAUUGGAUACCUUGUUCUAUCAUGCUCCUAGUAUUGAUUCGGACAAAUUUAUUGGGUAUGUUAAAGACUUAACUGAACACGAGUUCAAUGUAAAUUUAGAGGCGCUGCCGAAUGUCGAAUACGUGUAUGAUGGGGAAAGGGUUAUACUUAAACUAAAUGGGAAAAGUCUUGCUAAUGCUACCAUUACUAAGAAGCAAAAAAUUAAUAAAGAAAUAGGACUAUUCCUCAUUGAAAAGGACAUUAGUACUGAAGAUGAUAUCGUGUUAUCGGGGUUGCGAGCUAUAUUCAAUGGCGACAAUGAAAAAAACGAAGAGUAUUUACAAAAAACGCUUUUCCAUGUCAAAAAGAGACAAAGACAGUCAAUAGGGACCUAUACUUCACAAGUGGAAGAGAAUGGAAUGCACCCAUUCUUAAUUACAAAAAUUAAUUCUCAAGAGCCAAGGGACGAUGAUUUGAUUCAAUGUAAACUAUACUACUACCUAGAUUUGAAUAAAUCAGUAUUUGUUGACAAAUACCAAUUACCUAAAGAGUUUACAUCUUACGUUAACUUUGGAAAUACGGAUUUAGAAUUACCGGAGUAUAAAAUCAGUGAAUGGGGUUCUGAGAUAUUAAUGGAAAUUGAAAAUCAUCAACAGAUAAGCUUACCGCUACACUCGAGAUAUCAAUUGCCAAGCAAUGAAAGUAGCACAAGGGAAGCUAACAUCAAUGAUCCAUUGAUAUUUUAUGGGUGUGACGUGAAAGACUCAUAUUUGUUAGAAAGUAGCCCUUUUAAUAACAGAUUAGAAUUUGGAGGAAACUAUGAAAGGUUCUUUACCGAUAAUACUGUCUUCUAUCAUCUUCUGUCUCCUGAAAAUCAGUUGAAUAUUAAUAUACCUCGUGGUAAUACACUGAUUAAUAAAAUUAAUCACGUUACAAAUUUGGUCUUUAUUGCAGGUGUGUUAUUGAUUUUCUUUAAAAUAGGACAGGGACUUUUAAACAGAAAGCCAGUAACUGAUUCUAAGAAAAAUGAAUAG